CUCUUUGUAUCGCCGUGCAGAGAUUUUCUAGACGGUGUGAUUCUGUAACAUUUCUACGAAUGUACGGAUAAUUUGCACACGUGUAAUUGUUAUAUAAUAAUUUUUAAUCUUUCUUCUGUGAUAUUAAAUUUUUUAUUGAAAUGGUGCUUCGCUGGAGACUACAAUUUUAUCUUCUACGAUACACACUACUCUUUGUCGUUGUCCGCACCGAAGAAGUUUUUAACACCACUCCGCCGACCAUCAGAACAAACUUCUCCUGUUUGAACCGGCUUAUGGGAUUUUACGCCGACGUCGAGGCUAAUUGCAAAGUGUAUCACACUUGCGACGAUCACGGUAACAAAUUCAGCUAUCGGUGUCCCGAGGAAACGGCCUUCCGCCAGGACGCUCUGAUAUGCGAUCACGCCCACCUAGUUGACUGCCAGGCGACUGUCUACCCGCCGAAUCGAUUCCCAGACGAGAAUACUGGUAACAAGGACAAGGAGGCAUUACCAUUGAGAUCACCAGCCACCUCUAUCGACUCGCCCGAUGAUCACCGGCUCUCCUUCUCACGUUCCUUCCAGGUCGUCCAACGACCCGACAAAUCCGUGUCCAAUAAACAUCAAUCCGGCUUCGUGUUUAGCGCUAGUCUAUUUCUGAGGGAUCACGAUCGGACGCGAGAUCGUGCCGGCCCACGAGCCGCCGACGCCUCCAGAAGAUGCAACGUCGACUCGAAAGACCGAUUCGCGACAGCCUCCACCGUUCGCACGCUCACCGAGCGAUUCAACUCUUGGGAUGUCCGCAAUGACAAGUCGAGCCGUGGAAGACUACCGCAGUCCCUGUCGUUGUCAGAGAGCCGCGACUUCGCGCGUGACAAGAGUGGCACGAUGAAUCUUCGCCGUUCGUUCGAGCCGACCCCGAAUCCUUCGACCCCUGCGAGAACGAUGCCACCGGAUAGCGUUGCUCGACGUCCAGCCUUCCUACGUGAAAAGUCCACCUUCUUGGCUCACGAUCACAACUAUCGUCCUUAUUCGGAGACCCUGAAGUCCAUCCAAGCUAACGCCGUCCGCGUGACCGCCGACAAAUCCACCACGGAGAUCCCCGUGCACGCGUUGACGCUUUCCUUGAAGCCGCUGGUACCGAACGAGCUGGAAUACGAUCCUUAUUAUCCUAAACAACCGACGUCCACCGAGGCGUACUACACGCCCAGCAAUCGUAAUGGGUUCAACGUGAACGCUCGUAUUCUCACUUCUAGCCAGGUACCACCGGUGGCGAUUUCGCAACUCAAUCUUCCCUUCGAGAUCCCGCCUGUACUACCCGAUCUGAGCAAUCUCGAGGAUCUGGUCGAUCGUCGGAAGCUCUUCUAUAUCCCGCGCGUAAGCGCAAAGUCGAUACAAUGAGCCAUUCUACUUUAAAGGUCGAGGGGAGUGUCGAUCCUCGUCGACACGCACUGUAAAGGCGAAAAGUCUCAAGCCAUCAAUUGCGUGGAUUUAUUUGGAAGCGUUACGGAUUUGCAUUUGGAACAUGACUCACAGAACUUCGGUCAAAUGUGUCUUAAGUUUAAUCUACAAUGUGCACUUGCUUUCUGUUUCUGAUUCUCUGUUUUUCUCUGACUUAAGCUUGAAGCUUGAUCUACAAUGUGUUCUUUGCUUCCUGUUUCUUUAUCUUUCUUACUCAAACCUUAGACUUCAGGUUUAGAUUCGAAAGAAAUAAAGAGAAAGAAAUAGAAAGCAAAAAGCACAUUGUAGAGAAAGCUUUACAAUCUUAUAGUACGCAACAUGGUGCAUUCGACUACUUGUUAAAUUCUAAUCAGUCAGCGUUCUACAAACGGCGUUAACAGGCUGUUGAUAAUUUGUUGAAUAUUUAUCGAAUGUCGAAACGUAUUACUUAAUGUGAUUAUUAUUUCGCUUCUGUUACGAUAUUUAUCCCGUAAGAAUUCGAUUGCCGUUGUGAAACCUGAAAAUAUGUACUCAUGUUAUAACCAGAGCGAACACCAACUUACCACUUCUAAAACUAAAACGACAAUUCUUUACCAUGAUACGUAGCUCUGAUCAGCGGUUCCAACGAAAUCUUUGUUCUCUCCGAUGAACAACGACAUCUUUCUAUAAGAUAUUGAAGAUAUUCGUUCUCCUCCCGAAAGUGUCGAAUAUUUCUAUGCAACUCCUCAAGCUGCGCUUGUAGCUGCUGUUGCGUAAUUUCCUCAUUUAUCCGAUUAUCUGCUCCAUCCUCCUUUAUACAACGUACGGCACUUUCGUCAGUUUUCAACUUUUUUUGUAUCUUUGUCUCCUCUACUUUCCGCAUAUCGUCGGCCACGUUUUUCCCAACAGAGACUCCAUUUUCGGUUCUAUUUGUUAUAAGCGACUCACGCGUGCAGGGACAGAGCUAAAAAAUUCGACACAGUUGACGUAUCUUUAGUAACCUAAUUACUUUAUAAGCAGCUAAUUACUUUAUAAGCAGAACAUAUAUUGUAUAAUAAGUUAUUUGUCUCUUUAUUACAAUACGUUAUGAGCUGUAUUAGUAGUCGUUACUUGAAAUUUGUUUCAUGCGAGAUAUUCAGACUUUCACUCAAAAUGAAGUCCAAAUUUUUUAGUUGAAUUGUGAUAUAAUGACAUUCUAUCUGUAAUCGCGGUUUAGCUGAAGAAUUCUCAUCUAACUAUGAACUCAAACCUGAGUAUUUCUUUUGAAAGGAGUUUCUAGUAACGAAUAUUAAUAGAGGUCUAUGUUGCGUUGAAAAGUUGAAUAUAAAUAUUUUCAGUUACAAAUAUAUCAGAUUA